AUGGGAUCACCCAGUUCCAAUGAAGAAGAGCCAUUGGCAUCUGCUCCUCCAACAGAGACGUCACCCCUUCUUUCCCAGCCUGGCCCUCGCAAUGGCGUCUUGGGCAAUGGCAACGAUGUCGAAGAUGGUAGUGUCGAGGCCAGACCGAAGAAACAUCCCAUGGCUGACAAGAUGCACAUUUUGCUUCCUGCCAUUGGUGUUGGAGUCUAUCUCGUGGCCGUCGACCAGCUCCUUGCCGUUGCGACAUAUGCCAAAAUCGGCAGCGAGCUCAAUGCGUUAAACAACACGAGUUGGAUCGCCACCGCAUACUUCCUUACCCUCACAAGUUUUCAGCCGCUGUACGGAAAGCUCAGCGAUAUUUUUGGUCGAAAGGCGUGCCUCCUUUUCGCAUACGCCGUCUUCGGCAUCGGCUGCUUGGGGUGCGGCUUAGCCCAGAGCAUGACGCAGCUUUGCGUCGCUCGAGCGAUUGCUGGCAUUGGUGGAGGAGGCAUGAGUUCUGUUGUGUCGAUUCUGCUUUCUGAUAUUGUCCCACUGCAGGAGCGCGGCGUCUGGCAGGGCUAUAUCAACGUGGUAUAUGCUGCUGGUACUUCAACUGGAGGCCCCCUGGGAGGACUCUUUGCUGAUUCUCUUGGAUGGCGAUGGUCAUUCAUGAUUCAGGCCCCCUUGUGCCUGGUAGCCUGGGUUUCGGUAUACUUCAUCCUCGAUCUUGAGCCUCCUUCAAAGGACCACUGGGUCGCCAAAGUUCGCCAGAUUGAUUUUCUAGGAGCCUUCACCCUCGUGCUCGCCGUUGUUUCUCUACUAACGGGCCUAGACUCGGGUCCUAACCUUGGAUGGUCUCAUCGCGUCACCAUCAUCUCCCUCAGUCUCACGCCUAUCCUGUUUUCCCUGUUUCUAUUCGUGGAGAUGAAAAUCGCCAAGCACCCAUUUGCCCCGGGCCACAUCAUCCUCAGCCCAGACUUACUUCCCUGCUAUAUCGUCAACAUGUUUGGCAUGGCGGGUGAAAUGGGCGUCAUGUUCUUUGUGCCAUUGUAUUUCCAGGCCGUCGAGGGGCUAAGCGCCACGGCGAGCGGCUCUUUGCUUGUUCCUGCAACCAUAGCCGGCGUGAUGGCGUCUCUCGCCGGCGGCUGGGUCAUCAAGAGGACUGGCAAGUUUUACUGGCCAACGGUUAUUAGCUACGGCAUCUUGUUUUUCUCAAUGGUGCCGCUGAUCGUUUCGGUGUGGUUCCGCUCACUGGUUGGAUCCAAUACCGCAUUCGUCCUCUCGGCCAUUGGCAACGGUGGUGGCAUAACUACCAUCCUCAUCGCUCUUCUUGCCAAUGCAGCCACCGAAGACACCGCAGUGGCCAUUGCCUGCUCGUAUCUCUUCCGCUCGCUCGGCUCCAGCGUUGGCGUCGGUGCCAGCUCUGCCGUGCUCCAGCAGGUCCUGAGAACACAGCUAGCUUCCCGUAUUGGAGACGAUGCUGGUCAGAUUGAAGAAAAGGUCCGCCAGAGCCUUGACGCUAUCAAGGAGCUGCCACCGCUUGUGGCCGAACAGGUGCGCUCAAGCUAUCAGAUUGCUACAAUUGGGUCCUUUGUGCCGUCAAUCUUGUUUGGUCUUGUGUGUUUUACUGCUACGUUUUGGGUGAGGGAGAAGUCUCUCAAGAGGUAG